UCACAAUAUUCUUCUCUCCCUCCUUUGCCAUGGCUUUUUUCAGUUCAACUUCAUGCUCUAAUCAAACCAACAAUACCCCAUUGUUCAUAUUUAUCAUCUUCAUCACUUUGUUCCACACAAUCUUCACCACAGUAGAGUCCGUUUCCUUCAACUUCUCAUCCUUCAAGCAAAACCUGAAUAAUCUAAUAGACUUCAAGGGUGAUGCGUUUUCCUCAAACGGUGUUCUGCAGCUCACAAAGAACCAAAUUGAUGACAGCAUCACAUUCAGCGUUGGUCGAGCCUCGUAUGACCAACCAGUGAGGCUUUGGGAUAGAAGAACGAAGAAGCUCACGGACUUCACCACCCACUUCUCUUUUGUAAUGAGAGCCGUUGACCCGACACGUUUCGGUGAUGGGUUAUCAUUCUUCAUUGCGCCGUUUGAUUCUGUGAUCCCAAACAAUUCAGCUGGUGGGUACCUUGGCCUAUUCAGCAACGAAUCCGCGUUGGACACUAGCAAAAAUCAGUUAGUGGCGGUUGAGUUCGACAGUUUCAUGAACGAUUGGGAUCCGAGCUCUGAUCACGUAGGGAUCAAUGUCAAUUCCAUUAAAUCAGUGGCGAAUGUCACUUGGAGAAGCAGCAUUAAAAACGGGUCAGUUGCAAAUACUUGGAUAUGGUAUAACUCCACAACCAAAAAUCUCUCUGUGUUCCUUACUUAUGCUAAUAAUCCAACUUUUAGUGGAAAUUCUAGUCUUUGGUAUGUGAUUGAUUUGAGGGAGGUGUUGCCGGAGUUUGUUAGAGUAGGCUUUUCUGCUGCCACGGGUCAAUGGAUUGAAAUACACAACAUCCUCUCUUGGUCAUUCAGUUCAAACUUGGAUGAGCAGGGUAGGAAAAAGGUUAAGGUUGGUUUAGUAUCUGGUUUAAGUGUUGGUUUUGGUUGUUUAGCUUGUGGUGUUGGUCUAAUAUGGUUUAUCUUUUGGAGAAGGAGAAAUGGACCAAAGGGUAUAAGGGAAGACAACACAGGUGUUGAUGCUUCCAUAGAGGAUGAGUUUGAGAGAGGAACUGGUCCAAAGAGGUUCACCUAUAGGGAACUAAGCAAUGCAACCAACAACUUUGCAGAAGAAGGAAAGCUAGGAGAAGGUGGAUUCGGAGGAGUUUACAAAGGUUUAGUUGUAAACUCCAACCUUGAAGUGGCAGUGAAGAGGGUUUCGAAAACGUCAAAACAAGGGAAAAAGGAAUAUGUAUCAGAAGUGAGAGUUAUCAGCCGACUGAGACAUAGAAACUUGGUUCAACUCAUAGGAUGGUGCCAUGAACAAGGUGAGCUUCUACUUGUAUAUGAAUACAUGCCUAAUGGAAGCCUUGAUUCACAUCUAUUUGGAAAUAGGGUCAUGCUUUCAUGGGGGGUGAGAUACAAAGUAGCCUUAGGUUUGGCAUCUGCUCUUCUUUAUCUUCAUGAGGAGUGGGAACAAUGUGUGGUGCAUAGGGAUAUUAAGGCAAGUAAUGUGAUGUUGGAUGCAAAUUUCAAUGCCAAGCUUGGUGACUUCGGUCUUGCAAGGCUAGUGGACCAUGAACUUGGUUCUCAAACCACAGUUUUGGCAGGGACCAUGGGGUACCUAGCCCCAGAGUGUGUGACCACAGGGAAAUCAAGCAAGGAGUCCGAUGUGUACAGCUUUGGUGUUGUUGCACUUGAAAUCACAUGUGGUAGAAGGCCUGUGGAAGUGAAAGAAGAGCCUGGGAAAGUUAGGCUUGUGGAGUGGGUGUGGAGCCUCUAUGGAAGAGGGAAACUGCUUGAAGCAAGUGAUGAGAAAUUAAACUGGGAAUUUGAUGAACAACAAAUGGAAUGCUUGAUGGUUGUUGGGUUGUGGUGUUGUCACCCUGAUCACACCACGAGACCCUCCAUUAGGCAAGUGAUUAGUGUCCUCAAUUUUGAAGCCCCUUUGCCUAGUCUUCCAUCACAGUUGCCUGUGGCAAGGUACUUUGCACCUCCCAUGGAUAUGUGCAAAUUCUCCUACACUUCAUCUGCUGCUACAAGCUCAACUACCAAAGGAUCAAGCUCAUACUCAUCAUCAAUAUCCGCAGGGUCCAGAAAAUCUCUAUUGUAGCACUACAAUGAUUUAUUUCUAUAUAGAUAUUUUUAAAAUGAAUGUUCAAGUCUA